CAGAGCCACAGUUGUCUAUUUUUAUUACUUUUGUGAGCUCCCUGGCAGAAGGGAGAGGGCACAUUACCCUUUGACCAAGAAGGGCUGGGCCAGCAUUAGGGUGGGGUGCUGCUCUUAUACUCAUUACCUGUAGUCCUGAUACCUGUGCUAAACCUGGGUGUUGUUUCCGGCCUAUCCUGGGCAAUCACAAGGGUUUCUUCUGUGGGCUGGUGUUGGAAGCACCACCAACAGGUGCUGUGGGGGCUGUGCGGAGGCGGGGCCUUCGCUUCCGGUUCCGGUUGCGGCUCAGGGAGGGAGGGCGAGAUGCUGCAGACGCGGAUGGGGCGAGUUGGGGCUGCAUUCCUGCGACUCAAAAUCGCUGCGCGAACCAUGACUGGAGCUCCCACCAUCUUGCUCCCUGAACUCCGCUCGCUCCUAGCCUCGGGUCGGGUCCGUCUCUUCGAUGUGCGAUCUCGCGAGGAGGCGGCAGCUGGGACCAUCCCUGGGGCGCUCAACAUCCCUGUGUCUGAGUUGGAAAGUGCCCUGAAGAUGGACCCAGAUGCUUUCCAAACUUUGUACUCUGCUGAGAAGCCAAAGCUGGAAGAUGAGAAUCUUGUUUUCUUCUGUCAGCUGGGCAAGAGGGGCUUCCAGGCCACGCAGCUGGCCCUGGGCCUUGGAUACACAGGAGCUCGAAACUACGCUGGGGCCUAUAAAGAAUGGUUGGAGAAAGAGGGUUAGAUAGAAAGUGACUUGAAUGCCUGGGUCCCUCAUGUCCACCUUAACUAAGAAUGAUGAAGGGGUUGACUUGCUGGAUAACUCCUUAUAGCAUUUUGCACACAAAAGCAUCCAAUAA